AUGUGCCAAGGCUUGAGAGAAAUUUCCGCCAAGAGAAAGUCUCAUCCGUCCGUCACGAAAUCGCUCAUCGCGAGGCAUCAGCGGAUUAUAUCUCUAUCGAGUAACAUUGAUAAGUUCUUCUCGUUUGUCGCGAUGAUACAGUUCUUGUGGAACACCUUAGUGAUCUGCACCAUAGGAUUUAUGAUCGUGAUAUCUUUAGGCACGAACAUGGACGGCAAAUCCGGAAUAUUGAUACAAUCCAUCUUUCCAUAUAUCUUAGUAACGUUAGAAGCUUUCCUAUUCUGUUUCGCCGGCGAGUAUCUGAGACACAAGAGUAGAUCCAUCGGCGAUGCGGCGUACGAGACACUUUGGUACGAUUUUUCCAUUAAAGAAUGUCGAAUUUUGCUAUUGAUCAUCGUGAGAUCUCAGAAACGUUUGACGAUCACUGCUGGGAACGUCAUGGAUUUGACUCUGGAAGGCUUUACAAGU